AUGAAGUAUGAUUUCACUUACUAUGGGAUGGACUAUGAUACCCAAAUACCAACACUGACAUUAUCAAUUGGAAAAUCUCUUCUACCUUGUGAUAUUGAUAUUGUACUGAAACCAGACCCAUCUUGUUCUGAUGUCGAAGAGACAAUGAAGUCAGUUCACGACUACCUAAAAAGUCAGUUACCUCUUUUGGAUAAAUUGAGAAAAUAUAUUGCAAUAAUUUCAACAUUUCCUUUUAAAUAUGAACAGGAUAUUUUACAAGUGAUUGAAAAUGAUUUUGUAAAAUGCGAACGGCUGAUCCUAAAUGUGUGUUCUGAUGACUUGCAUAUUUUAUUGAUGAUUUCAAAAUUAAUUGCCUUAUGUUCUGGAAAGAAUGAAUUUGAUAAUGCAAUUUGGGAAAGCGGAAAAUCAUUUGAAAAUCAACGUAAAUUAAGAAAUAAAUAA